CCGGCUAUCCGUUAGUUAGGCUUCCCGAGGCCGUUCCUUCAGGCCUCUUUCUCCCGGGCCGGCGAGAGGCCGUCUCCCUUGUCGUUACCACAGGCCCCAUCUCGGCGCCCAGCCCUCCUGAGGGCAAAAAGGCCGGUUGGGAUUUCGGGGCUUUCCCGCCCGAGCAGGGUCUUCUCUCACGGGAAAGCUGUUUUCAACGGGAAGCUCAGCUUUCUGUUACACCUGCUUCACCUCCCGCCUUCCUUGAGACCUGAGUGAUAUUUCUCGACUACUUCUGCGUCUCACGUAAACAUUUCUCCAACUCUUUUACUCUGUGGUAUCUCCCUGAGACGUGAUAUCGCUAGUGUGCCACCACCAGAAAGAAACGUCUGGACCCUCCUGCCCAGGUUAUGAAAACCCCCUUAACUGCCACGGUUUGCUUACCUGGCUCAUCGCCUCCUGAACUUUGUAUCUUUGCUAAAGUCAGUGAUGUGAAAAGACCUGACAUGGAUGAUAUUGCUGAUAGGAUGAGGAUGGAUGCUGGAGAAGUAACGUUAGUGAACCACAACUCCAUAUUCAAAACCCAUCUCCUGGGACAAACAGGUUUUCCAGAGGACCAGCUUUCACUUUCUGACCAUCAGAUAUUACCUUCCAGGGAAGGAAAUUUGGACCGAUCUUAUACAUGUUCUACAAGAAGUGCAGCUUAUAAUCCAAAUUAUUAUUCAGGAUUCUUUGUCAGCAAGAUGAGAUCUCCUCCCCUAAAAAGACACAACCCUUCCUCAGACAGUUUUCUUGGCUCAGGAGAUUUAAGAACCUUUGGCCAGAGUGCAAAUGGCCAGUGGAGAAAUUCCACUCCAGCAUCAGGUUCAACUUUACAAAAAUCAAGAAACAGCCGAAGUCUUUACCUCGAAACCCGAAAGACCUCAAGUGGAUUAUCAAACACUUUUACAGGAAAGGCAAAUCAUCACUGCCAUGUGUCUGCAUACGAAAAAUCUUUUCCUAUUAAGCCUGUCCCAAGUCCAUCUUGGAGUGGUUCAUGUCGCCGAAACCUCUUGAGCCCCAAGAAAACUCAGAGGCGACAUGUUAGUACAGCAGAAGAGACAGUCCAAGAAGAAGAAAGAGAGAUUUACAGACAGCUACUACAGAUGGUUACAGGGAAACAGUUUUCUGUAGCCAAACCCACCACACAUUUUCCUUUACACCUGUCCCGAUGUCUUAGUUCUAAUAAGAAUACUUUGAAAGACCCACUGUUUAAAAAUGGAAGUUCUUGUGCAGCUCAGAUUAUUGGCUCUGAUACUUCAUCAUCUGGAUCUGCCAGCAUUUUAACUACCCAGGAACAAGUGUCCCACAGUGUGUAUUCCUUAUCGUCUUAUGCCCCAGAUGUUGUUGCAUUUGGAUCCAAAGAUUCUGAUCCUCUCCAUCAACCCCAACAUCACCACUCUCUUCUACAUCAGCCAGACAACUUACCAGCUUCAAAUACACAAUCGGAAGGAUCAGACUCUGUGAUUUUACUCAAAGUGAAAGAUUCCCAGACUGCAACUCCCAGUCCUGCAUUUUUCCAGGCAGAGCUGUGGAUCAAAGAAUUAACUAGUGUUUAUGAUUCUCGAGCACGGGAGAGAUUGCGCCAGAUUGAAGAGCAGAAAGCACUAGCAUUGCAGCUUCAAAACCAGAGACUGCAGGAACAGGAACAUUCAGUACAUGAUUCAGUAGAACUGCAUCUUCGUGUACCUCUUGAAAAGGAGAUCCCUGUAACGAUCACCCAAGAAACAGAAAAGAAAGGUCAUAAAUUAACUGAUAGUGAAGAUGAAUUUCCUGAAAUCACAGAGGAAAUGGAGAAGGAAAUAAAAAAUGUAUUUCGUAAUGGGAACCAAGAUGAAGUUCUGAGUGAAGCAUUCCGCUUGACCAUUACACGCAAAGAUAUUCAAACUCUGAACCAUCUGAACUGGCUCAAUGAUGAGAUCAUCAAUUUCUACAUGAAUAUGUUGAUGGAGCGAAGUAAAGAGAAGGGAUUACCAAGUGUGCAUGCAUUUAAUACCUUUUUUUUCACUAAGUUAAAAACGGCUGGUUAUCAGGCAGUGAAACGUUGGACAAAGAAAGUGGAUGUGUUUUCUGUUGACAUUCUUUUGGUGCCCAUUCACCUGGGAGUGCACUGGUGUCUUGCUGUUGUGGACUUUCGAAAGAAGAAUAUUACCUAUUACGACUCUAUGGGUGGGAUAAACAAUGAAGCCUGCAGGAUCCUCCUCCAAUACCUAAAGCAAGAAAGCAUUGACAAGAAAAGGAAAGAGUUUGACACCAAUGGCUGGCAGCUCUUCAGCAAGAAAAGCCAGGAAAUUCCACAGCAGAUGAAUGGAAGUGAUUGUGGCAUGUUUGCCUGCAAAUAUGCUGACUGCAUUACCAAAGACAGACCAAUCAACUUCACACAGCAACACAUGCCAUACUUCCGGAAGCGGAUGGUCUGGGAGAUUCUCCACCGAAAGCUCUUGUGAAGACUGUCUCAGUUAGCCGACAUUGACCUUGCGGGGGACCAGCUCUUUGUUGUCUAUAGCCAGAGACCUUGGAGACAGCUGCUCCCAACCCUCUGUUCUUGUAAAGCCCUUGAUCCUGGACCAGGCCCUGGCGAGAUGCAUUCACAAGCACAUCUGCCUUUCCUUUUGUAUCUCAGAUACUAUUUUUGCAAAGAAACUUUGGUGCUGUGAAAGGGGUGAGGGACAUCCCUAAGCUGAAGAGAGAGACUGCUUUUCACUUCUUCAGUUCUGCCAUCUUGUUUUCAAAGGGCUCCAGCCUCACUCAGUCCCUAAUUUGGGGGCCGAGAGAAGCUUGGACAGAUUCUUGGUUUCAUAUAAACUCUUGUUAGGCCUUACUAAGAGGUAGGAAAGGGCAUGGGCAAAAAGGUAGGGAUGAAAACCACCAGCAUAUACACGCACACAUACAUACACACAGGAUUUUCAAGAUGUGUUGUCAGGAAAGUGACUGUAAACUGGACUUUGGGUCACAUGCAUAAGUCCCUCCUCCAGGAUUUUCCCUAUUUAUAUGCCUCUUUGUGAAAUCCGUCUGCUUCUGUACAAGGCUAUUUUAUCAUCUGUAGCUUCCUCCCAUCCUGAGGCACAGCACAUGAGCCCUGGGUGGACCCCAAAGUCCCAGGCAGUCCUUUCCUUAAAGCAGGGGUUUGCAUGUGCUCACAACACAUGAUAUGGGGAAGACCCACCCAGGGAGCGGUUUAGUGGAGCAACAAAGGCACCACUUUUACUGCCGCCUACUUCUGACCAAGAAGAAGGACCUCAGUCUUUAGCAUAAAAUUCCAGCAUUGGAUGAAUGCAGGUCUAGUUUGGUCUGUGGCUAGUUAGUUUAAAUAUGUUUCUAACCACAGAGAAUUUUAUAUAUAUAUAUAUAUAUAUAUAUAUAUAUAUAUAUAUAUAUAUAUAUAUAUUUCACAGGGAUACGUGUUUUUUUAAAAGGCUGAAUGUGUUCACCACUUUAGCCUGUAGAUUUAUUUCCAUUUUCCAAAUUUAGCUCUAGCACGCACAGAUCCCAGCCCCUAUGUGUAGGGUGUUUGUGGACUUCCUAACAAUAUUUUGAGGCCUGAAUGAACUUUGGCUUAGGGGUAGAGGUUACAGAGGGAGGCAAGAUUUUCAACUGGAAAACGGGUGGAAUUUGGACUGAUCGACUUGAGACUAAAAAAACCGCUAUUCCUUUUGUUCUUUCUAGCAUCUCCCCCACCCACCGAGCGCUCCUCAGGCUAGAUAGUGAAACGAUCCAAUGCCAGUGUCAUUUUGUACUUCAGUUCCAAAAUAGGAACGUUUUAUACUUUUUUCUGUAUUGUAAUAGGUAGUUUUGUAUGAAAUAUUUUCUCUUCUUCCCUUGUACCCCAUCCUUUCCAACAUUGUGCUUUCUCUCUGGGCUUAUUUGAAAAUUUUACUCUGUUUUAUACCAAGCUUGUUUAGUACAUUUUUCUAUGUUUUACCACAGGUUACAAUUUGAAAAGAAAACUAUUUUUUUUAAAUAUUCCAUUGUUAACUGAAUGUUACUGUUUCCACUCCAGCAACUAGAUGUCCUACCUUUUUCAUAACUGCCUGCCUUUUUGGGGAAGACCACCUUUUCUUUCUUUUCUUUUCUUUUCUUUUCUUUUCUUUUCUUUUCUUUCUUUCUUUCUUUCUUUCUUUCUUUCUUUCUUUCUUUCUUUCUUGUGUUUUUCUAUAGGAAAUAAAUAGCUUUCUAUUUAUGAGUUGCUGAGACCUUUCACAUUCUCUGUUAGAAAGCUAUGGCAUGCAGGCUCAUUGUAGGACUCCUGUACAUGGAUUCUUGGUACUUAAUGUGUUUCAGUGGCAACUUGAAAGGUGGCAAUAUGGUAUAGAUUCUGAUUAUGAAUCAGAAGACCUGAGUUUUUUCAGGUGCUCUUGCUACUGUCUGGGGGACUCAGAACAAGAUAGUUCUCUGUAUUUAUUGUUUGUCCAUUUAGAUAACAUCUGUCUUACCUUCCUCACAGACUUUUUGUACAGACCAAAGCAACAAAUAUUUAUUGCCAUGUAUAACAGAAAAUGAAACAUGCAACAAAAGCACUUUGAAAAAUAUAUAAGGAAUUGUUGAGCCUGUGUGAACGUGGACCCCCUUUCUGGUCGAUACAUUUUUGUACAAGGGGAAGUUAGUGAUCCUGAGACCACCCUACAUGGGUGGACCAAGCUGAGACAUAGGUUGUGGCCCAGGGUGGCUCAAUGGGAACCACUCAUUUGACUAUAUUUGGGUCUAUAUUUGACUUCUGUAGUGGGCUAUUUUUCCAGAGAGCUAGCCACAAGAUCAGGACUAGCAUCUGGAAACUUAAUUUCUCCUUUAUUUAAGGGUGGGCUUUGAUGACCAGGGAGGGGAAAAAAAGAGGUUCUUGCAUUAUAUGGCUAAGGGCAUGCUACCAAUAUCUUAUUUAAAUUGCUUUAAACUAAAGCCUAUUGCUUUCCUUUUCUCCUAUCUUCCAUUCUUCUCUGUGCUCAGUGCUCGUAAUGACCUACCUCCCCUUAAAAAGGAACACUCGAGAGAUGAUGAACUCUAUCUAGAUAUAGAGCCUUCAACAGAAACCACAGUCCCAACAAUCACUCCUGGACCCUGUACAGAGAAAAUCAGAACAUUUGAAAAUACAUGGCCCAAGGCAUGGAGGUUAGUUCUGUCCCAUUUUUUUGCCUGGGACCCAUCGUUGCUCCUGGGAGUCCUGUUUGGGGUUGAAUGUAAGAGUUCUUUUCCCUCUUCCUCUCCAUCACGGAGACUGUGUAUAAAUGUGUAAAUUGACUUCUCUAUAUAUGAGAUGCUUCAUA